AGCCGCCCCAGCAGUCCCACAAGGACCAGCACACACCGGGGGCAUCUCGCCCAGGGGCCGGCAAGGUCCCCGCGUCGCCUCCCGACCGCUCCUCGCACCGAGCGGCCCCGGCUCGGCCGAGCGCACGGCAACACCGCGGGGCUCCAGCCGCAUUCCAGGCUGUUCCACAGCGUGAACCACCCAUCCGGGUACCUCGGAAACUCCUUCUUCCCGGCUCACCGCUUCCUCUCACUGGACGCCGAGCGCUCCCGCGGCCCGCGGCGGCUCCCGGCGGGCGGGCCCUGCUCGCCGCUCCCGCCCGGCCGGGCGGGGCGGGGCGGGCGCCUCCUUCCUGUUUCCGCUCGGGAUCCCGGAGCCCUCAGGGCCGCGGUACCGCGGGGCGGCGGCGGCCCCGGCAGCGCGGCUCGGGCGGGGGAACAUCGCCGUCCCCUCACGGCCCCGUGUGUUCUCUCCGCAGGGAGCUCGGCUCGCCCUUCCGCCCUCGGCAGGCCCGGAGGGUGCCCGGGCCGCAGGGUUUUCUCAAUAGCAAAACAGAAAAGAUGUUGGAUAUUAAGGCUUGGGCCGAGUACAUCGUGGAGUGGGCUGCCAAGGACCCCUACGGCUUUCUCACGACCGUGAUCUUGGCUCUCACGCCGCUGUUUGUCAUUAGUGCAGCGCUGUCAUGGAAGCUUGCAAAAAUGAUUGAGGCCCGGGAACGAGAGCUGAAGAAGAAACAGAAACGCCAGGAGAAUAUUGCAAAGGCCAAACGAACAAAGAAGGAUUAAAUGGGCAAAAAUGGUCUUCCUUGUGCAAAGAAUCCACUUUUAAAAUUAAAUACUUGUACAUUUUGUUUUGCAACUGUCCUUUGAUACUUGAUCCUGUUAUUUCUUGAAAUAUGAAAUUUAAUACUUCCAGUGUAAUUUUUUUCUGCUCAUUUGUGUUAAAAUUUGCCCGAGUGACACUUGUUAGAGUAGUUAAAUUUACUACUUGUAUUCUAGUGCAGGUUGCUUUUCUAAAUUUGCAUGUUAAAUGAAAAAAAUUAACCUCUUGGAUGGCUUUGGAGGUAUAUUAUUUUUUUUUUCUCUUAGCUGAGCUAACUUAACAAGUGUCUUAAAAUUAUCAAGUUUAGGGGAAAAUGUGAAUAAUAAACUGGAUUACAGA